AGUUUAGUUUUUGUUUUGAUUUUGUGUAAAAUGACCAAGCCCGUUGUGUGAGUGUGGUUAGGAUUUUGUGUUGAAUAUUUAAAUUAAUUCUUUUUAAAUCAGAUGACCACAAAAGUGACAAAGAUGCCUGCUCUUAAGGACACUAAUGUAGUAAAAAUAGCGGUGGAAAUGGAAGAUCAGGUAGCUCAGCUAGUAGAAUUUAAGCAACAACAGCCUUUAGCAGCAACUAUUCAAGAACUCUGCAAUGGAUGGGGUUUAUCAGACCCUGAUCAGUAUGCUUUGCAAUUUUCUGAAAGUAACAAUAGAAAUUAUAUCACAGAAAAGAAUAGAAAUGAAAUUAAAAAUGGUUAUGUUUUAAGACUAACAUACAGUCCUUCAAAAACUGCACAUGACAUUCUGCAAAAAUUGAACUCAAGCAGCAAUGAUGAAAAAACUGCUGCUGUACAGAAAUUAUCAAGUUUAAGUAUGGAUAUGACUUUUGCUUUAGAAUUUAUAAACAAACAAGGGCUGGCUCUCAUUAUAAAUUUGAUAGAAAAAGGAAAAUGUAAAGGCGAGUUAUUGGCACACACCCUUUUAUCAUUUGUUGAAUUAAUGGAUCAUGGAAUUGUUUCAUGGGACAUUCUUGAACUUCCAUUCAUCAAUACUGUUGCAAGCUACGUGAACAAUCAAUCUUCCCCUCAAGAUAGCAAGGUAGUACAAGCAUCUCUUUCUAUUCUUGAAAGCAUAGUGUUAAAUAGCACUGGAAAGUACACACAAGUUGAAAAAGAAAUUGGAUUUCAAAAUUUGAUUAUGCAUCUUCAAACUCAGAAUCCAGUCAUACAGCAGAAUGGAAUAGCAUUGAUAAAUGCCUUGUUUCAAAAAGCUGAUCAGCCUAAACGAAAAUCAAUUGCUUCAGCUCUCUGUUCAAAACAAGUCCGGAAUAUCAUCACAAGCAACUUGAUACAAUCACGUUCAGGACAGGUUGGAACGGAAAUGGCUCAUCAGCUAUAUGUUUUACAAACGCUAAUUUUUGGCCUUCUGGAACAAAGGAUGAAUACUAAAAUGGAUUCGCAGGAUCAAGAUGCUCACGAUAAGAUAAAGGAGCUGCGUAAGAUAGCCUUCGAUGUGGACAUAACAAAUGCGACUGACUCGACUGUACGCAGACAAAUGGGAGUUUUCGCCAAAGAUUAUAAGAAAUUGGGCUUCAAAUAUGACAUCAACCCAGCCCUGGACUUCACUGAGACCCCUCCCGGCAUGCUUGCUUUGGACUGCAUGGUUUAUUUUGCAAGAAAUCAUACUGAGAGCUACACUAAGGUUGUUUUGGAGAACUCAUGUAGAGCGGACGAACACGAAUGUCCAUUUGGUCGAACUAGUGUCGAGUUGGUGAAGCUGCUCUGCGAGGUUCUUAGGAUAGGAGAAGCGCCUAGCGAACAAGGGCAAACAUAUUAUCCCAUGUUCUUUACACAUGAUCAUCCAUUCGAAGAAUUUUUCUGUAUUUGUAUUGUUCUCUUGAACAAAACCUGGAAAGAAAUGCGUGCAACUACUGAGGAUUUUCUGAAAGUAUUCAGUGUAGUCAAAGAGCAAAUCACCAGAGCUUUGGCUGCUCAACCACUGAACAUGGAAAAAUUCAAGCAGCUACUUCAAGCUUUGACCUAUGCAGAAAUCACUCAGCUGUGGCAAAGAGAAAGGCUCUCUCGGGAGGAAUGGGAAUCUCAUGCGCGACCCAUUACUGAGUUGAAGGAACAAAUUACACCGGAGAUAAUGGAUCUCAUCCAAAAACAAAGGCUAGGGUUUCUAGUUGAUGGCACCUGCUUUACAAAAUACUCACAAAGAGGGCAGCGAAUAAAAGAUAAGUUUUGGUACGUGCGACUGUCUUCUAACCACAAAGUGUUCCAUUACGGCGACUGCGAUGAGAAGAGUGUGCCGUCAAUUGAGGAGCUGCCCAACAAGUUGGCCGUCGUCGAUGUCAAAGCUCUCGUCACAGGCAAAGAGUGUCCUCACAUGAAAGAUGCCAGAGGCCGUAAAACCACUCACCAAUUGGCAUUCUCCCUAACAUUGGAUUCCGUUGAAGUCACAUCACUAGAUUUUGUAGCACCGGAUGAGAAGGCCUUCGAUUAUUGGACGGACGGAAUUAACGCAUUACUUGGUAAUAAGAUGGUGAGCAAAGAAACGGAGCAUGACCUUGAAACUCUCCUGUCAAUGGACAUCAAACUGCGCCUGCUGGAUACUGAGGGCAUUGACAUUCCACAGGAUCCCCCUCCCAUACCAGAGGAUCCUCCCAAUUAUGAUUUCUGCUACGAUUUCAAGUAAUCAAACCAUUCACACAUAUCUCUAUUGUAAGCUAUUUUGUUAACCAUCGCUCAUACCAAAAUUAGUUCAGAAAUUCUACAUUACUAUGGAGUGUAAUAUCAAAUAUCUCUCUCAUAACGUAUUAUUUGUGAUGGAUUUCAUUAUUCGUGUAAUGGAAAAAUAUUUACAACUCUUGACAAUUUAGUACCUUAUAGAACUAAGUUUAUUAAUUUGAAAAAUAUCUUGUGGAACACGAUUUCAAUAUAAUUCAAAAGCAAGAUUUCUAACAGUGAUCGAUAUAAAAAUGAUUAAUAUCUAAUCGUCUUAGUCACAGAAAUAUAAUGUGCAAAAAAGUUCAAAACCUCUAAAUUAUUUUGCGCAAACUAUGGUAUUGGUGAUAACUAUUGUGAACUUUUAUUUCUUUUAAAGAUAAGAUGAAGGUAUUUUUAAUCAUUUCUAUGGUAGCUUUGAUUUGUGGCUUUUAGUUAAUUUAGGGUACUGAUAAACUGCGAAAUUAUUAAUAUUUUGAGAUUGCAGCCAAUAGUUCUAUUAACCUAUUCGGAUUUGUUGUAAAACUAUUGUUCUUACAAUAUUCAGGGAUCGCCACCAAAUUCAUAAGCCAGUGGUUUGUAUCGCAAGAUAUCAUUAAAACCCACUAGCAAAAUAGUUAAUCAAAUAAUAAGCAUUUUGCCGGCUUAGUCGACCAAGUUAUAGAUUUUUCAAUUUAACAAAGUAGAAGCACAUCAUAUCAUAAAUAAUGUAAUUUUUCACAACUGUUUAUUAGAGAAUCUCAUCUUAAAACGUUUUCUUCCACACCUAAUUUAAAAUUUCAACAAUUAUUUUGAUUUUUCAAAUAUUUUUUUUUAUUUUGAUCUGAAGCAGUCAGUGCAUGCUUUGUCAACUGAACUCAGUUAUGUAAAUUGCAUGUUCGGUAUUCUACUAUUAUAUUAAAGAGGUGGAAUUAUAAUUGUAUCAUGAAAUAUAUAUUCGCAAUAAUUUAUUUGUUAGAUGUAAUUUAUGCAUAAUUUAUAGAAUGGAUUAGGGUCUAUAUCUAUAAUUAUAAAAUCCUUGAAAAUCUCCAGAGAUUAUUCGUUCUCUUUGAGCUAGUGAGGUAGGUAGUAUAUUAAUUUAUUUCAACUGAUAGCUAUGCUCACAUUAUGUUAGUGAUGAUGAAAACAUAGCUGAACUUUACCAAAGUAUGCAACUCAAUUUUAAACAAAUAAUGUUUUUAUUUUCAAGUUUCUGUUGUCAGCUAAAUAAAUUUUAGGAGAUGCAUUUAUUAUGAUAAUAAUAAUUAUAUUUAAGUUACACUAGUCAUAGUUUUUCUAGUAUUAUACAAAUUAUUAAUAUAUUUCAAUAUUUCUUAAGGCUUUGUUACAUUCUCAUAUAGAUUUAUUUUUUUUCAAAUACUCUGCAUAGCAAUUUCAAUAUAAUUUUAAGUUAUAAUUUAUUCUGAUACUCAGUAUAUCUUAUUACACAUAUUUCGUCAAGAACUUCUAUCUCCUCCUAUCUUCUAUCUAAAACUUUUAAAAAUCUCUCUCCAUACAAUGGGUUGUUUCUACUUCAAUUUUCUUUUUCUUCCCGUAGUAUGUAUUUGAUCCUAUCUGUUUUUUGUUCUAUGUAUCUCAGGACGAUAUAGAAUGUCGUUCAAAAUGGUUUCACGGAAUGUAAUAAUCUUGCAAUUUUCCAUUUAAUUGAAAUUGUUGAACGUUUAAUCGUUUAACGUUUCAAUUGAAAAGUUGACCAAUUUGGAUCUCUAAUCAAUAUCACGUUGGACUGGGGAUUGAUUAAAAUUUGAUAGACAUUUUUCGUGCAACACGCUUGAAGCCUUUCGUUCUCUAGAAAGCAUUACAAUCUUCCAUUCGCAUCCAUCUGAAAAACUUGGAAUUAUUUUUUCCUACAGUUACCUUGAAAAGUGACCAUUCCUGCACUGAUUACAGAACGCAAAGAAUCACUUUUCCGCUCUAGUGCGCAAAGUAUUACUUUGCAUAUUAUCUUGCAGCCAUCCCAAUCAGCUGUUGACAUUGUUGGCGUGUAUUUUGAAUUCGAACUUGUUCUAUCUAUAUUUUUCGCCAAACUGCACAGAAAGCAGCUGUUUUCAAGUCCCUACAUAUAUCUGAAAGGCAUUGUUUGCAGACGACUCUCGUCUGACGUCAGGUUUCUUUCCGGCCUAGGCCAGAAAGAGUACCCUUUCCAGCCGCUAACAUGGAACUAAGAAAGGUGAUCGAAAAACUUUUCAUUAUUUGUGUUCAUUAUUCAAUAAUUAAAACAUUUAUAAUAAUAUCAUCUUAUUGUCAUUUGAAAUAAUAAAAAAGUAUAAACUCAACCUCCCACAUAAUUGAACAUCAUCUUUUAGGUUAUUUAGACAAAUCAGAAUAAAAAAUGAAAAUACUUGGACAAUUUCCUGAUAUUCAGAUUACCUCAGAUUUGCUAGAGCUAUCACCUUCCACUUCUGCUUUCGGAAGUGCCUAGUAAACAACUAUUCUCAUCCAUAUAUAUAUUGUUUAUUUUUCUGUGUGACGAAAAAUAGCGUUCGCAUCACGGGCAAAAAUGUUUUUCCGGCUCUCAACCUUUUCUAGUCCUCGGCCUACGGCCUCGGACUUGAAAACCAAUUUCGAGCCGGAAAAAUCUUAUUUUCUGCUCUAAAAUAUUUUCUGCAAAAUAUACUAUUUCGCCACACUGCACAGAAAGCAGCUGUUUUCCAGUCCCUACGUAGAUCUGAAAGACUUUGUUUGCAGACGACUCUCGUCUAUGUCAGAACAGGUUUCUUUCCGACCUAGGCUGGAAAGAGUACCCUUUCCAGCCGCUAACAUGGAACUAAGAAAAGUGAUCAAAAAACAGCUGAUCAAAAAACUUUUCAUUAUUUGUGUUCAGUAGUUUUAAUUUUUCUGCUCAAAAUUUUCAAGUUUAUUUCAAUAUUAUUGAAACUUUCGGAUUGUUUAGUGUUAUUUCCGGCUCUUAUCAACCCUUCGAAAUUCAAAAUUCAUCCGUCAUAUCUCGAAUACGUAUUCUCUGAGUGUUAAUCUUUGGUGAAAACAGAAAUUUUAAACUUAACCUCACUUUGGACUAUUUAUGUGCCAAAAUCAAGGAAUUGAAGAAGUUUUGGGCAAUUGCCUGUUUCUCUUUCCAAAUAUCGUGUUUGUGACUGUUCUAAUAAAUAAAUAAAUAUCAUCUCAUUGUCAUUUGAAAUAAUAAAAAAGUAUAAACUCAACCUCCCACAUAAUUGAACAUCAUCUUUUAGGUUAUUUAGACAAAUCAGAAUAAAAAAUGAAAAUACUUGGACAAUUUCCUGAUAUUCAGAUUACCUCAGAUUUGCUAGAGCUAUCACCUUCCGCUUCUGCUUUCGGAAGUGCUUAGUAAACACUAUUCUCAUAUAUAUAUAUUGUUUAUUUUUGUGUGUGGCGAAAAAUAGCAUUCACACCACGGGCAAAAAUGUUUUUCCGGCUCUCAAUCUGAAAACCGAUUUCGAGCCGGAAAAAUCUCAUUUUCUGCUCUAGGUGCGAAAUAUACUAUUUUCUGAUUUUCAAAUAAAUAAAAAUGAGAACUCAUUAAAUUAUACAUUUUGAAUAUUAUUAAUUAUUCAUUGUUACAAAUAAUAUUUUUUCUCAUUCAUAAAUUGAUUGGUUGAAAAAUUAUUUAGAAAUUAAGAUUUACUCAAAAUUAUUCAAAUUUUCAAAUUAAUUGGAUUAAUUUAAAUUUUAAUUUGAAUAAAUUAUCAAUUAUUAAUUUUCAAUUGGAUUAUCAAGUUUAAAAUAAAUUAAAGUUGUUAUUAAUAACAAAAUUAUACAGACAAACAUCUGAUGGAUUUCAGCCAUCAUUUUACCCAUAAUCAACCACUUCUCAUAUUCAAUGGUCACUGUAGGAAAAAUUUAAUGUGAAAUACGUGCGCAAAGUUCCUCUGCUGCACUCAAGAAACAAUUCCGCCCUCGCCCACGGCUCGUGCGUAAACGUUUCUUUCGGUGCAGCAAACUGUCACUUUGCGCACUAGUUGCACAAAUAACUAUUUUCUACGUGAUAACGAUAGAAUUCAGUUUCCAAUAAUGAGAAGUUUAAAAAAGAAAAAUGUUCAUCAAUUUUUCCUCAUUGCUAAUUUCCUAGCCUAUUUACAUUAGUUUAUUAGUGGGAAGUUUUUUUUAAUGUCUGUUUAAAGUUUCAGUUUUGUUUGAAUCUGUAAGGUGUCAUGUUAUUGAUUUAAGUACAUGGUACAUCACUUUCAUUCCAACUAUCAUUUCUAUACAAUUGUUCUAAUAUUAUAUUAUUCUAUAUUUUUAUUAUUUUUUGAAUCCAUCAAUGUUUUUUAUUAGUUUCUAUAUCGGCUGUAUUUUAUAAGUUAUUCUUAGUAAUUAGAAUUAUAUAUAAAUGAUAUUCUUUAUACAGUGUAUUGAUAACCAGAAGAUAUUAUAUUGUGAUUAAAAAUAGAUUUAUCUGACUUUUUCUGUGAACUUUCUAUUACUCUUAGGUUAUAUGCUAUCAUAGCAAUGUAUUCGCUGUCAUAUUUAAAUAUUCUAGAAUAAAGUUAUGUGAACACUAUUGCGAUUAGCAUUACGGCGACUGCGAAGAUUUCAACCUUCUGUAUGAAUUUUAUUAUUUAUAAAUUGGAUUAUGUAGGUAUUCAACCGGAGGUUAAAAUUUAAAUUCUGUCGUUCCCGCCAUGCGAAUCGUAGUAGUGCGAUUUUAAGAAUUUGAGAUAUCAGGGAGCGAUGACCUUUAAGCUUUCUUCCAAUAACAUAUUUUUCUCUCAGUCAAAUUCCUUCUCUUUGCAAAACCAAACUAUUAUAGAUUUUCUUUGUUGACAUUCUGUUCGAUGAAAAAUUGGACUGAAGUGAAUUCGCUUUCACCGUUAUCACCUUUAAUAAUAUAUGGCCAUGCUCUGCAGGUCAACUUUUUUUAUCGAAAUAUUGUUUGAUUUUGAGAUCAGCAUUUCUAAAAAAUGUAGAUCAAUAGAUCAAUAAUAACAACAAAAGCUUUUAUAUGCUUGCCCAAUAAACAUAAACAUUUUAUGUCAUUCACCUCUCAAUAAACAUAGUGUUAAAUAUAAUCUAAGCUCUAAUCACUUGUUCUAGAAAUUCUCAGAAUUCUCGUCCUCAGAAUAGAUGGAGACUCUGUUUUCCGAAUUGGAUGCAAAAGCUUGUUUUCGAUAUGAAUAAGGAAGAAAUUUGAAAUUUUCACCCUGAAAGAAAUCACAAAUUUACAUGAAUCUAUGGUUAAUGAGAAAUUAAAAAUAAAAUAUAUUAUACACUACAUGGCUUAUUCCAACUGAAUUUAUGAAUGUAAAGUUGUGUGGAAUUUGACUGGUAUUGCUAAACAUUGAUGAACGUACUUGAUUACUAAUAUUGUGACAUGUAUUAUCGGACAAUACUGGAAGUGAAGUACUGCCUGUUUUCAACUUUAGUCGGAAUAAUUGACAGACCAAAUUAAUAUGCCUAUGGUUGGACCCCAAUAAAACGAAUCUCCUGUUA